AUGAUGGCCAAUUACGGUUAUACGACAGAUAACGUCGGCCAGUCCUAUGCCGAUGAUAUUGAACAAAGACAUUAUCGCAACGACUCUCGUGAUUCAGGGAACAUGAUGGCUUCGAGAAGUGUACACUCACGUUCCGAUGCUGCAGCCUUCCACGAAGAUGUGGAAUGUGUCUGCGGUGCCAGACAACACAUGCAACGAGCACAACAAGAAAUUAAAAGAAGAGGAAAACAAAUAGAUCAGGAUCAAAGUAAAAUCAGACAUCGCUUCGAUGAACUAAAAAGAAGAGAACGAAAACUAAACGAACUAGAAAGAGAAUUGACGCUCAGAGAAGAGGAAAUGAAAAGCUAUAAAACAUACCUUCAGGGAAAACAACAAAGUAUUAGUCAAAUGCAACAACAUAAUGAUUCUACACAACGAGUAUUGAUGCAAAGAUUAGACGAAUGCUCUGCACUGGAAGAAGAAUGCCGAAGGAGACUGGAGGAAUAUGAAAAUGGGCUGAGCGAUGUAGGAAAGAAAGAAGCAAUGCUCAAAGAUGCAUCACGGUCACUCAAUGCAAGAAAAGAUGAAAUAGAAAGACUAGAACACACACUACUUCUAGAAACAGAUAGACUCAAAGAGAUAAGGGACCAGUGCGCUACGGCACGUGAACAGAUAGCGCAGGAAAUGAAACAACACAAGAGACGUGUAGAAGAAGAAAUGGAAAAUAUCGAAUCGCAAAAAAGAAAGCUGGCAGAGAUGGAAAAUACUUUGAUAGAUGAUAAGUCAGCAUUCGACGAUUAUGUAAGGGCAAAAAAACGAGAACUAGAACACAAGAUAAAGGAAGUUGCAGAGUCAAGUGAUGCAAGCGAAGCAAUAGCAUACGAUCUUAAAAAAAAGGAAGAAAUGCUAAAUCAAGAGACACAACGAUUACAAACAGAACGAGAGGAGAUGAAACUGGCAAGAGAAAAAAUUAAGGCAGAAUGGGAUAAAGUUAAUCAGGCACUAGAUGAAAUAAGAAAUGCCAAAUCGGAACUCAAAAGCAUUAAACGUGCUUGCAGUAAGCAAAAACGUAUGCUAGAUGAGGAAAUUGAACAUCAAAGUAGACAAUUGCAAGCAUCUGCAGCCGAACAGCAGCUACAUUUUAACCAAUCACCCAUACCACAUGAUGCAUACAGAGAUAUUAAAGAAGCUGAGAUCGAACUUCAAACUCGUGCAAAACAAGUCGAACUUGCAGCAGAAGAAUUAAGGGCCAAACAGGUAGAACUCACGGAGUACGCCACUCAGCUGAAGCAACGCGAACUCAUGCUGAAGGAGGAAGAACAUAAACUAGAACGUUACCAAGAUGCUCUAGAAGCAAGGGAAAAGGAAUUAGAGGAGUUACAGGCUGAACUUAUGAAUACACGUGCGAGGGCACAACAGUACGAGGCGCAGAUGCAAGAAUGUAGGGAACAAAUGGCGAUGCUUGCAAUUGAACGCAACAGCCUGGAGGGUCAAAAGGCACAGUUCGAGAAACACAAGCUGGCUAAGGAAGCUGAACUCAAUGCUGCUAGACAACGAUUGGAAAGAAAGGAACAAGAAUUGGAUGCUAAACUAGCUAGGUAUCGUGGUAUUAUGGAUUCGCAGCAACUCGAGAGCAGAAUAGAAGCCAUGAGAGCAGCGAAAACGAGUACAUCAAAAUCAUCGAAUCGGCCGUUCACCAUACCACCCAAACCUGCCGAUGCAUCGCGAACUAAUUUUUAG